GAAGAUGUUGAUAUUCCCAGUAGGCGAGCUCUCAUUACUGGUGCUACAGGACUUCUUGGCAGAGCUGUGUUUAAAGAAUUCAAUGAAAAUAAUUGGAAUGCAGUUGGCUGCGGAUACAGGAGAGCUCAGCCCAGAUUUGAACAGAUAAAUCUUCUGGACUCUGUUGCAGUUCAUGACAUUAUCCAUGAUUUUCAGCCUCAUGUUAUAGUGCACUGUGCUGCUGAAAGAAGGCCAGAUGUUGUAGAAAACCAACCAGAAGCUGCUUCUCAGCUCAAUGUGGCUGCUUCAGGGAACUUAGCAAAAGAGGCAGCUGGAGUUGGAGCAUUUCUGAUCUACAUUAGUACAGACUACGUGUUUGAUGGAACAAGCCCUCCUUAUAGAGAGACUGAUGUACCAAAUCCCCUGAAUUUAUAUGGUAAAACCAAACUGGAGGGUGAAAAGGCAGUCCUGGAAAAUAAUGAAGGUGCUGCAGUACUUAGGAUUCCUAUCUUGUAUGGAGAGGUAGAAAGACUAGAGGAAAGUGCUGUGACUGUUAUGUUUGAUAAAGUGCAGUUCAGUAAUAAGUCUGCCAACAUGGACCAUUGGCAACAAAGAUUUCCUACUAAUGUCAAGGAUGUAGCAAGUGUUUGCAGACAGCUAGCAGAGAAGAGAAUGCUGGACCCAUCCAUAAGAGGCACAUUUCACUGGUCUGGCAACGAACAGAUGACUAAGUAUGAAAUGGCGUGUGCCAUUGCAGAUGCUUUCAACCUUCCCAGCAGCCACUUGAGACCGAUUACUGAUUGUCCAGUUGUGGGUGCUCUUCGUCCGAGGAACGCUCAGUUGGACUGCUCCAAGUUGGAGAUGCUGGGGAUAGGCCAGAGAACGCCAUUUCGAGCUGGGAUCAAAGAAUCUCUUUGGCCUUUCCUUAUUGACAAGAGAUGGAGGCAGACAGUCUUCCAUUAGUUUGUAACUUUUUUAGUAAAAGUAUGGUAUGUGGCACUUUUUUAAAAGAAAAAAAAAAUAGUUUUGUAUGAGUGUUCUUAAAUGGUGACAUUUAUGAAUUUUCAUUUAAUCAGGUAAACAUACGGUCUUGCACUAGUGAAGUUGUUAGCCUAAAAAACGUUCAGUGACAAAAACUGAGCCUAUUUGAUGUCCUGGAUCUUUCUUCCCAUUCGUACCAGUCUAACUUAAUGUCUCUUCCUGGCAGAUUAUGGUUUUUAUCAAUCAGUACCAUUUGAUGCUAAGAAUGACUCAGCUCACUUGUAGACUUAAUUUUGGCUGAAAAAUGUGGUUGAUGCUUAAGGUCUGUGCCAUUGUUGUAUAUACCAUUUCUCUUCAUUAAAAGACUUGGUCAGUUACCACCAAAAAUCUGAGGGUUUUGCUUUUAACUCCUGAAGGUGGCGUUCUGCUGAAGUUAAACUGAAGUAAGAGUUGUUCAAUGUUCAUUUUGCUUGA